AUUAUUUUACAGGUAUCGCAAAGACCUUCAAGGAGCAUACGCCCUCCGUCAUCCAUCAAUCUAUUAAGUCGUAGGUUCAUGUCUACGAGAGAUUCAUUUGCUCUUAGAGCCCGCCCAAGGUAGCGACCACCCUGUGGAAAAUAUUAAAAGUUGGUGUCAACUGACUCAUACAUGCACCUCUGUGUUGAUCUGAUUGUCUGCAAGGUUCAGGCUUGUCAAUACGCUCGAUUUGUCUAGUAGCUUUGACAGUAAACGUACUCCAUGGUUUGUUAUCUUGUUGUGAGCAAGAUCCAGACUGGUUAUUUGUGAGCUCUGAGAUAGUGAUAUCGUUGAAGUCAAGAAUCGAUAGCUACCUUAAUGAGACCAGUCAUCAACAUUCUGAGUAAGUCAUCAUCAAUUAAGUUUGACUGGAGGAUGAGCGUCGUGAGACUCUCGGAUUGAGAAAUACUUUUGGCAAGACAAUAUGCAUCAGAUACCUGGCUUGAAAAUAUCAUAACAACACGUCCGGAGCUGACGAGCAACCUUCAUUCCGAAAAGCAUUCGAUCAUAUUUCAUGCCCAAUUUCUUCGCACCGUACUUCAUUUCAAUUUUUGUGAGGUUGGGUAGCUAUGUGGAUCAUUUUAAGCGACUUCACAGCGCAUGUUGCACACCGCUUGGCAAAGCAAAUCUAUAUUUGGAUGUCCCAGCAGCUGUUGAGUCUAUACAGCAGACACAAAUUACUGGAAAGUAAAUCGCUUGGCUCAGACCUUGAGGGUAAAUGUGUAAUUUUGGGAGUAACUGGCUACUGACAGAAGAUCUAGUCCGUGUCUUCCCUAAUUGCGUCAUAAUUGAAUUACUUUGUUGGCCAGGUGCACCUCCAAUUCAUGAGAACCAAGCUCUUCCAGGCACUUUGACAAGGUAAGUAAUUAUGGCGUGUCAAAAAUUAGCGUACUUGUUGAAGAUGUGUUUCAAAAAACAACUGUUUCCAAGUUAGCCCGUGCUCAUUAAUUUGAUAAUUUUUAGGUAGAAGCUGAUAGCACCGCUGCUUCCAAUAACUCUCAUCAAAGAUAAAUUCAGAAGCAAUCUUAAGGUCUAGGUCCCGCACGAGCCUCGAGGUUAUUUCGCGCAUACAUCUAGAAGACACGCAGUCAAAUGCAACCACCGCGCGACCUUACCCUGCAGGUACAUUUUCAUGCACAGGGUAUCUUUCGAAAUUGCUAACAACAACAGCCACACAUCUAUCCGACAGACAGUCACGGAUUUGACUUUUGCAUAUAUUGUUGCCGUUCUCGGAUAUGUCUUCGCCUGAAGGAUGAGUAAGAUGCACAAGUUAUGUUUCAAACCUUUUGGGUUUACGCUGCUCCCAGGGGUCCUGGAACGGUAUCUAAGACAAUCCUCCUCAUACAAGUUCAUCCUCUCAUUAGAUACCUUUGUAACUGGUCAACCAACGAUGAUCCCUCUGUUGAUGAGCCGGCUACAUUCAUUCUUGUUUGUGCGCUAGCUACCGUCGUGAUAUGAGAAGAUAUGAAGCU